AAAAAUGUUUUUCCUUAUAUAUAGCACAUCUGAUCAGGGCUUUAAAGAGUAUGUACCAAGUGAGGAGGACUGGGAAAAAGUUGCAGGAGUGUGUUCCUUUCUUAAGGUAUUUUCUGAUGUCACUAAGGUUGUCUCUGGAACGGGGUAUUCAACAUCAAAUUUAUUUUUAUCAGAAAUAAGAAGAGUCAAGAAAAUAAUUGACAAAAAAGCCAUCGAUCCUAAUCUGCAUAUUCGAGAGAUGGCACGAAAAAUGGAAUUGAAGUUUGAAAAAUAUUGGGGGGAAACUAACUUGGUAAUGGCAAUUGGCGCUGUCAUGGAUCCGCGGUUUAAAAUGAAACUUCCAGCCUUUUGUUUUCCUAACCUAUAUCCAAUUGCAAGUGAUUCAGAAACAAAUUUGUCAUACUUAGGAAAUGCCUUGACUGAUUUGUAUUUAGAAUAUUGCAGGGAAGAAAAGGAUGCUAGCAAAGAAAAGAAUGAAUCUGAAAUAUCUUCUUCUGAUGCAAAUUUCAUGGCUGAACAUAGUGAAAUACCCCAGGGCAUUAAUGAUUACGAGAGUUUCAUUCGGGAAAGUGGCGGCAUUCUGGAGCCUACAAAGUCUGAACUAGAGGAUUACCUGAGUGAGAAAAUUGUAGCUCCAACUUCAAAGUUUGAUGUUCUUGCUUGGUGGAAAGGAAACUCAUCAAAGUUUUCAAUUCUGUCCAAAAUGGCAGCUGAUAUACUGAGUAUUCCUAUUAGCACAGUUGCGUCAGAGUCAACAUUUAGUGCAGGUAGUAGAGUGAUAGAACCGCAUCGCUCUUGUUUGAAACCCGAAACUGUUGAGGUGCUGCUGUGUGGAGCAGACUGGGUUCGUGAAUUGUAUGGAUUGAAAAAAGCUAAACAGGAGGAGGACAAGGAGAUUGUGAUACAUUUGGAUUAAACGACGAUAACAGGGUACUUAUU